UCUUCAGUUAACUGUCACCUUGUCUCCUCCCCUCUCACCACACACACCAGCUAGGACAGGGAAGCUCCUUGAAGCUCCGUCAGAGACCCAAGGCCAUCAGUUGACAGACAUUGCUGUGCCCUUGACCCCAUGGACCCGCUGAGGCAGUCCCCCUCCCCCUGCUCGUCAAGACCCUCCAGCCCCAAGACCCCACCCUGCGAGAUGCUUGGUUAUGUGGGCAUUGAGGCCGUGCUGGACCAACUGAAGAUCAAGGCCAUGAAGAUGGGGUUUGAGUUCAACAUCAUGGUGGUGGGGCAGAGCGGGCUGGGCAAGUCCACAAUGUUGAACACCCUUUUCAAGUCCAAGGUGUGGCAGUGCACCCCACCGGGCCUGGAGAUGCCCACACCCCAGACGCUGCAGCUGAAGUCAGUGACCCAUGUCAUCGAGGAGAAGGGUGUGAAGCUCAAGCUGACAGUGACUGACACGCCUGGCUUUGGAGACCAGAUCAACAAUGACAAAUGCUGGAACCCCAUCCUAGGCUACAUUAACGAACAGUACGAGCGGUACCUGCAGGAGGAGAUCCUCAUCACCCGCCAGCGCCACAUUCCCGACACGCGGGUGCACUGCUGUGUGUACUUCGUGCCACCUACUGGACACUGCCUGCGGCCUCUGGACAUUGAGUUCCUACAGCGGCUGUGCCGGACCGUGAACGUGGUGCCUGUGAUUGCCCGGGCCGACAGCCUGACCCUUGAGGAGCGAGAGGCCUUCAGGCGCAGGAUCCAGCACAACCUGAGGACUCACUGCAUCGAGGUGUAUCCACAGAAAUGCUUUGACGAGGAUAUCAAUGACAGGAUCCUCAACAGCAAGAUUCGGGACCGGAUCCCCUUUGCUGUGGUCGGGGCCGACCGACAGCACCUGGUGAACGGGAGGUGUGUCCUGGGCCGGAAGACCAAGUGGGGCGUCAUUGAAGGGCCCACAGUGGGCAAGCCCACAACCAGGAAGCAGACAGACCUGGAAAUCAAGUCCCUCCUUGCAGCGGGGAGGACUCAGGCAAGUUACCUGACUCUCGGGGCCUCAGUUUCCUCACAGUAAAAUGGGCAUCAACCUCAUGCAUGGCCAUUUGCGUCUGUGCAACCAACGAACUGCACAUCUGUACAUGGAAGGUGGUUGGACAGGGCAGGCCACUGCUUUGCAUGAUGCCCACCACCCAGAGGACACCCUAUGCAUUUGCCAGAAUUUGUUGUGGGCCUUCUAUGUGCCAGGCAUACUCUAUGCGCUUCCUCAGGGGAUACACUGAAAGCGGGACAGACAAGGCUCCUGUCCCCAGAGAGCUGAUGAGACAAUGACAGGUGGGAGAAGGCAGGGCAGGA